CAUUGCUGCUGAAGUAGGGUCACGGUGACUUUCCUCUGCCAAGGUGGCGGAGAGUUGGGGAGAAUCCAGAGGACACAUCGUAAUCAUUUCCUCCUUUACCUUCUUACUACCAGGGCUGCAGGGAAGGGCCCUGCCUCCGCGAGGAAUCGAGGAGAGACCAGCUCAGAAGUAAGACGUUGCCAUCCCAGAGGCCGGGGACCACGCCCCUGCAGCGAUGACCACGCCCCUGCAGCGAUGACCACGCCCCUGCCCGCGAUGAGAGUGAUGUACCAUCACCACCCGCCUCUCCUGCUUCUGCCGCUCAUCCCUGGCCGCUUGCCCCUGUGCUGCAUCGGUCACAAAAUCGUGCGCCCGCCCAUCAGAGGUCGGGGCUCGGCUACAUUUCUAGAACCAUCUAGUCAAGAUGGUAGACACAGAAAGCCCAAUUUGCCCCCUCUCCCCGCUCGAGGCUGAUGAUCUGGAAAGCCCAUUAUCUGAAGAAUUUCUACAAGAAAUGGGAAGCAUCCAAGAGAUUUCUCAAUCCAUUGGUGAGGACAGUUCUGGAAGCUUUAGUUUUACAGAAUACCAGUAUUUAGGAAGUGGCCCGGGAUCUGAUGGAUCUGUUAUUACAGACACCCUGUCCCCCGCUUCGAGCCCCUCGUCGGUCACUUACCCGGUGGCUCCCAGCAGUGCUGACGAACCGGCCAGCGUAGCCCUGAACAUCGAGUGUCGAAUCUGUGGCGACAGAGCCUCAGGCUACCAUUACGGAGUUCACGCGUGUGAGGGCUGUAAGGGUUUCUUCCGGCGAACCGUCCGGCUGAAGCUGGCCUACGACAGGUGUGACCGCCACUGCAAGAUCCAGAAGAAGAACCGGAACAAGUGCCAGUACUGUCGUUUCCACAAGUGCCUGUCGGUCGGGAUGUCCCAUAACGCAAUUCGCUUUGGACGAAUGCCAAGAUCGGAAAAAGCGAAACUGAAAGCAGAGAUUCUCACCUGUGAACAUGAGCCGGAAGAUGCAGAAACGGCCGAUCUGAAGUCCCUCGCCAAGAGAAUCUACGAGGCCUACCUCAAGAACUUCAACAUGAACAAGGUCAAGGCCCGGGUCAUCCUCGCGGGGAAGGCCAGCAACAACCCGCCCUUUGUCAUACACGACAUGGAGACGUUGUGUAUGGCCGAGAAGACUCUGGUGGCCAAGUUGGUGGCCAACGGCAUCCAGAACAAGGAGGCGGAAGUCCGCAUCUUCCACUGCUGCCAGUGCACGUCCGUGGAGACCGUCACCGAGCUCACCGAGUUCGCCAAGUCCAUCCCUGGCUUCGCCAACUUGGACUUGAAUGAUCAGGUCACUUUGCUGAAAUACGGAGUUUAUGAGGCCAUAUUUGCCAUGCUGUCUUCUGUGAUGAAUAAAGACGGGAUGCUGGUAGCAUAUGGAAAUGGUUUUAUAACUCGUGAAUUCCUAAAGAGCCUAAGGAAACCGUUUUGUGAUAUCAUGGAACCUAAGUUUGAUUUUGCCAUGAAGUUCAACGCACUAGAGCUGGAUGACAGCGACCUCUCCCUUUUCGUGGCUGCUAUAAUUUGCUGUGGAGAUCGUCCUGGCCUUCUAAACGUGGGACACAUUGAAAAAAUGCAAGAGGGCAUUGUGCACGUGCUCAAACUUCACUUGCAGACCAACCACCCAGACAACAUCUUUCUCUUCCCAAAACUCCUGCAAAAAAUGGCGGACCUCCGGCAGCUCGUCACGGAGCACGCGCAGCUCGUGCAGGUCAUCAAGAAGACGGAGUCCGACGCUGCCCUGCACCCGCUGCUGCAGGAAAUCUACAGGGACAUGUACUGACGGCCUGACAGCAAAACACACAAGCCACUCGCCAAGGACUUCUAAACAACAGCACUACAGAUGGGGGCAACGUCCACUUUGCACAAAUCCCUCCAUUUUCGCCUUGGAGAAUGGGACGGAUGCGCCCUAGGUAACCGGAACCCUAGACCACAUUUCUUUCUUUUUCACACCAGUACUUCUGAGAGCGUGCCAAGUAUUGACAUGCCGGUGACAGGUAGCCGAUAGGCAGUUCUUGGAAAAUUAAGGGGAACGAUGCCCAGCGGUCUGAUUCUAACUCAACUGAUAUUAAUCAAUGCAGAUUUCUUGAUAUCACGUGAGUAACAUAGCGCUGAAUUAACUGGCGACCUCGAAAUCCGUGGUCUGUCUUCUCCUUUGGCUACCUUUUUUGACUGUUGUGCGCCCUUAUCAUUUUGAAAACUAAUCAGCACUUUUUAACUUUUAUAAUCCUGUAAACCUAGAUGAAUCCAAAGGUUAGGUAUUUUUAAAAAAGCAGCAAAAUAUUUAUUGGGAAGACUUUAAUUCUGUUUCCUGAAUUUGAAGACAGACAACAUGCUGUUUCUCAAUCAUAGGAUUUAAAAUUUCAAAGGAUUAUUUGAUAAGCUAGCCAAACCCACCAGUCGGUUGGUUUUCACCGUGUUCGUGGUUGUGACUUAAUGGGCAGAAGGGCCUGUUUCCAGGUUUGCGUACAUGAUCCCAGAAAGCCGUGUCUCAAGACUCCCUCCCCCUGCUCUGCCUGGUUCGAGCUGGCGUCUGGGGUCAGCAGGAGCAAGACAAACAGAAAGUACGUCAGCUCUCCGUCCCUCUGACCUCUGUUUCCUAUCAAAUCUGAACCAACCAAGUCAGGUUGUUUGGGGGCCAUGAUAGCGUUUUCAGGGGCAAAGGGACAAGUUGUUUGUCAAUGUUUCUCUGGGCCCCGCAUGUCAAGGCAGCUCCUUGGUCUUUUCCUGUGUAGCUUUUUAAAGUACACAGCUUUAUUUUUGUAACUCUUGGUGGCAGUUGCUGUUCCCGAGAGUGUAGGUGAGGCAAACAAGACUUUAGAGCAUGGGCCCCGGGGGGACCACGUGGAGAACGAAGGGGGCAGGCACAGGGUCCUUCAUGGGGCAGUUUUCCAAUUACAUAUGGAAGGCAGCUUUCCCAACAUCUGAAAUAUCUGGGUCAGCCUGAAAGCUCGUUUCUCAGCCCCGGUCUGGUUAUGAAAGCAGUGCUGAUCGCGGUUUUCGUCCAGCGCAUAGGGACCUGGAAAGACUCUUUCUGUCCACGGUGGUAGGUAAAUGUCCUCUCAGAGGAUUUGCAGCAGAGAUGCCCUCUGAGCCUGCCAGAGCUGACACCUCCACGGGGGAAGGCGGGUGUCACUGGCCACCUGCCGCUGAGCCCCUGCCUCACGGCAGCUCAUAGGACCUGGUUGUUCCCUUGGUGCCCCUCCCCCUCCGUCUCUAGAAAACUUGGCUCUGUAAGGUCGCUAUUACUUGCCCUCGAAGAAUGAUUAGGAUUGAAACUGAUAAAGUUCCCAAGGUCAGCACCAUGGAAAUGCGACAGGGGAGAGAACAAUAAAACUGUGAGGUUUCAACUAGAAAAGGCGAACGUGACAACGGGUACAUCCUUCUCAAAAUUAAACCUUAGUGGUAGUUCUCAUUUUUCUUUUGUUGAGAGAUCCAAUCAAAGGAUCUGUUGGAAGCAAAUAAAGGUAUUUCCACGUAUGAAUGACAACAGUCAAGAGGUCACCCAAAGUCAGAGGGCACAUCCGUGUGGGAGUUCUUCCCUAAAACAAGGACCCCUGGGCCGGUGCCGCAUCCGUGUCGCCUCUGUCCACCACUGGCCUCUCUUCUCAUGUGCCCCAGCUAGAUGCCAUUUGUGGAUGUGGCCUCGGAAAGGGACCCUGGAAAUCCAGGCUUUCAGAUAAGUCUCUCGCUCUGGUUCUGUUUUCAUAAAACUUAUUUUGAAAGCUCCUUAUUUUGCGCAUUCUCCAGCAGCUCCAGGCUGCCAAGGGCUCAGGUUCUGCAGUCCUAACGUUAGUGAGCAUUUGGCUGUCUCGGGGCCCGGCUAGACUCCCAGCGAUGUUCCCAGUGAGGCCACGAAGGAGGCUGCAGAGACCGCAGCUCAGAAGUCACUUGAAUUCACUCAUUGUUACGAAUAGGAAGAAAAUCACAGAUUCCCGUUCAUUUUAAGUAACAGUCACUGAUUGCCACGCAGAAUGUUUGGGCCACCUAAUCAAAGAUCUCUCAGACCACCGAUAGUCAGGUACGGACAAAUUAUGCACCAGUUCAAAAUACUGUCGCAUGUCCAGUAGGGGCUCAUUAAAGCGCAUUUAUUGCCUGCUGGGUUUCAGCAGACGUCAGCAUGAAGUGGGGUAGGUAUGACAGAACAGGUUUGAGAUAUGACAGAACAGCACAGAGCCCCUCCUCUCCUGGGGAACGCGGCACGCGGUGCAGCUCCCCUCAUCACCACCUUGAUGCCCUUCGACAAGCCACUGUUCGUAGCCACAAGUGCCAAACCUCUGAGACCACAAAAUUACAAACAGCCUUUGCAGGGCUGAAUCCUGAACCCAGCAGCCAGCUCGAGCUCGAGAGCCGGCCUCGCCCUCUCUCCCUGGUCCCACAGCGUCCCUCCCCUUCCUCCUCCUGGGCAUUUCCAGCUGGGUGUCCUGCACACGGUAUCCUGCCCCUGCCACCCUGAGGGCUGCCCAUGCCGGUGGCCGUUUUGGGGGAAGCCCAGCAUCAUCAAACCAGGAUGCUCACAACUGCGUCAGCGUGAGCGGGAGGCGUGGCAGCGUGGGGAUCAUCAAAGCACCAGUGAGCCAGUCCUUUCUUCCCGCCUUGCUCUCGACUUUCCCUGUGGCCUUCCUGUAACUCUUGCAUGAGAUGCACUCCAAGCAUCUCCCGAAAGAGUAGGUGCCCAUAUGUCAGUAAGAAUGUGAAGUCCAGGAGAAGAACCUUGGUGCACGGUGUAUUCAGGAAUGCCCGCGACAGCUGUCCCUGUUUUAAAGGGACUCUUCAUUUUAAGAGCAAGAAUGUAUCUUUCUGCCUUUCGGGUGCAUUUCUUACACUGGGCCAUCUGAAACUCUAAGGAAACGAACAGCCUCAAGGAUCGUGUGGAGGUUCCAGAGACAGGACAGCAUCCUAAGAGUUGAGCAGAUGCUCCAGGCACAAGUAUCCUUUGUUUAACGUGUGGUGAUAAGUGAACUAUUAAUUUCGCAACUACUGUUUCCCCGAAUCUGCAGCAUAACAGCUACCUCAAUACAAUACAUCAAAAGGCACAGUUCAAAGUAAGGUACACGAAACACUCGGGGUCCUUUUGGAGCAUCUGUAGUCAGCUCAUUUAUGAGUAAGAUUCAGAAGUCACACACCUUUGCUUGAUUGCACGCUGAGAGGUGGAAGGUCAUGUGACUUCUUAAAGGCACUUUGGUUGUUUAAAGAUACACACGUGCAGAAGUUGCUGCCGUGAUUUGGUGAGACUGAGUUGGAGCAUGAGGCGGAUCUAGAAGUGGGAACAGUCACUGGCCACAGUGACCCGCCCUGUGGAGCGCCUCCCCUAAUCUUCAGCUGUGCCUGCUGGCCGCUCACGGAGAGACCCUGCCAGAUGAGGCUGGAAGCAGAUGCCUCCAGGCCGUGACUUUCCAAGGUGCACCCGGGGCCUCCUUGCUGCCUCGGGGCACUCCCUGCCUCGUGCUCCCCCCUUCAAACCACGGCAGCACCAAGCACGUUUGAUACCUAGCCACUGCAUACACGAUGGAGGGUGGUUUUUCUUUGGGUCUCGACCCGGUGGCCACACCUGUCUCUGGAAUGUCUUACAAAUGCCCAUUUAAAGAGGGCGCACUGUUUUGACCACCCUCCCCUGCAGGUGUUCCUGGAGGGGUCACUUGCUUAAAGCCUUUAAGUCCACAGCAGUGUUGUCCAUUCAGGAUGGGGAGGACAUCCACUGUCUGUGGAAGUCACCAUGAUCGUGCCACCCGCUGAGGCCUUACUGAUUAUUAAUGAGUGUCCGUGGAAGUUUUUUCCCACAUACCCAGUCUUUACAGCAUGGGCACAGCCAGACAUCGGGCGGCUCCAAAGCCAGGCUCUCUCUACUUGUUCUUCUCCUUUUCAAAGUGGGCCGGCUUCUCCUAACUCUUGGUCCAAGCUGCUUUAUAGGGUUCCCCUGGGAUUAAGGAUUCUUGCCAGGCUCCAAAGGUUGAGGUCUACAUCUUUUGCUGGGAUAUAUAUAUAUAUAUAUAUAUAUAUAUAUAUAUAAAUCUAUAUAUUAUAUAUAUAGAUUAAAUAUAUUUAGGUGCCAUUUUAAUAGAAUUCAGGAAAAUGGUCAUUGACCCCCAGCCUGUGACAUGCACCAGGGUAGAACAAAGGCAGUGAACUUUCAUCUGACUCGGGAUAGAGGACAUCCAUUAAAUUUCUCUGGAAACCACAAUGCAAAUUAGAGGUAAUACUGAAAGUUUAAUGAGCAAAAAAAAAAAAAAAAAA